UGAAUAGAGCGCUGUAUUGUUUACUUAUUACUCUGAGCCUGGUCAUAUUACCUGUGCUAUCUUCUACGACUGAGAGUACGCUGGGAAAACCUACGGUGGCCACUGUAGGAUCUGAAUACUUUUCAACGAUAGGUGUUGAUGUGGUUUUAGCAUGUGAGGUGACCGCGAACCCGGCCAUUUUUUCAGUCACCUGGUACAAAAAUAUUAAUGCCUCGAGCUCUUUCACCGAAAUGUUGGUAAUAGACAAUGUGAAAUAUUCCGGCGGUGACACAACCCAACCGGCCCUUACAGUCAUCAGUCCCUCUCUUAACGACAGCGGUAGAUUCAACUGUGAGGUUGAAAACAGCUACGGCUCAGCAUACGGACAGGUGUUAGAGCUGCUGGUCACCGAGACGACAGGUCUUCCGAUAGUGACAAUAGCACAGUCAUCAUACACAGUAAAUACUGGAGCUAAUGUAACGUUAGGCUGUACGGUGGUUUCAAACCCGAAGCUAAAUGCCAUACAAUGGAAGCGAUACGGGAGUAUUGUUUUUAUAGACGAUAGUAAAUACUUUGGGGGUACUAACGUAUCGCCAAGCUUAUUUAUAAAGUCUAUCCCCCAUAACGAAGGCGGUAAUUAUACCUGCGAGGCAACCAACAGCUACGGAUCCGUGUUGAAAAGUAUAAUAGUCAGCGUAGUCAACGUUACAUCAGGUCCUCCAAACAUCACACUGCCACGGACGUCCUACACGCCCACAGAGGGAGACAAUGUUACGUUCAUCUGUAACAUUGUUUCGUCCCCAAGCCUUCAUAAUGUCACGUGGUACCUAAACGGAGUACGGGUCAAUGUAGACGGUAGCAUAGUCACAGGAUCAACCCCCUCCAAUCCAUCCUUAACGAUACUCGACAUUGCGUACUGGUAUAGUGGCACCCUCACCUGUCAGGGGGUAAACGCUGCAGCCUCAGCUAACCAAAGUCUGGUUGUGAACGUGUUGUCAGUUACUUCGACUGAACAGCAAACAACAACCACUGAACAACAAACAACAGAGGAACCAACAACCACCACGACUACUGAACAACAAACAACAGAGGAACCAACAACCACCACGACUACUGAACAACAAACAACAGAGGAACCAACAACCACCACGACUACUGAACAACAAACAACAGAGGAACCAACAACCACCACGACUACUGAACAACAAACAACAGAGGCACCAACAACCACCACGACUACUGAACAACAAACAACAACAGAGGAACCAACAACCACCACCAUUAAACAGCAGACAACAACAACGACCCCACCGUCAACAAAAGCACCAGCAGUUGUCACAACGGCAAAACCACAAGUUGAUGAAAGACUAGUAGCGUUGAACAACAAUGACAGUACAACUGUGGGUGGUGUGACCGCUUCUAUAGCAUCGACCUUAAACGUGCUGAACACGCUGGAUUCAGACAAAGACAUCUCCACACAGCUGGAACUUGUUGCCGAGAUUAUGGAGAACAAUGUCCGAGUUGCUACCUCACUGAACGCCUCACCGCAACAAAUUAAGGAAAUUACAGAAGAAAUAUUAAAACUGACAGAUACAGUAUCAACAUUUUCAAACAAGUGUACAAGAACCUGUACGGUGGCGUCUGGAAGUUUCUCGAAGGCAGAGACUAGCACACUGUCUAUGAUACAGAACGUAUUGGACACCGACGGGGAAUUUGAUAAGUCACAUACCAACAUACACGCCAAUGGUAAAAGUGAUAAAGGAGAUGACCUUCCGUCGACCUUGUCGACUGAUAUCGGUGACGUCACUCUACCUAUGUGGGGAACACUCCAGAAAACUCUUGCGCAGGAGAAGGUCAAAGUAGUGGUGCUGAUUUACAAGGACAACCCCUACCAGACUCGGAGUUCUGAUGUAACUAUCAACACAGGCGUGGUGACAUUUGGAAUGUUCUAUAGCAACAAAACAGGUGUCGCUUACGUCGAUCAGGAGGACCCAAUAGCCAUGAGUAUUCCUGAGAACACGGUGUCUGGUUCAGAGGAUUCACAGACAACGGCUACACAAUGGCAGCCCGCCCAGGAGCUCCAAUCUGAAAAGGGAUCUUAUUUGACUGUAGUAACCUUCACCCCUGAGCGAAGCGCUGCUAACGUGUUGUUGCGGCUUCCAGAAACAGGACAGUGUGUUGUUUACGGUCGGGAACACGGACAGAAGCCAUCGGCCACUCAAUACGACUUCUAUGUAAAAACCAAAGGCAGAAACCGAGUAACAAAAUACAGACCAUUUGGUCUGCAGCACUCCUUCCUCGAUGGCGUCCUAGCUCUGUCUGUGGAGGGUGGACUAGACACCGGUACUCUUGUUCUUCUCACACAGUGUCAGGUUGCUGUCACCUCAAACGUUGUGAAAAGGAAUGCGCCUCAGACACCGACACAGAAGGUUGUGGGUGUUGAUCUACGCUACUUUGACCCAGUUUCGCUGACCUGGGAAAAAAACCAUGCACUCAAGAUAAAAUCAGGUCGAACUGGACGAGUGAAUUUUGAGUCCAACUUUUUCGGCUCCUUCUCAGCAAGUACCCUACUAAUAACUCCAAGCCCCAUCGCGUUUGAAGCUAUUUUCCUAAACUUUGAAGAGAGGCUGGCUUCCACACCGCACGUGCUAGUCACAAUAAUAGCUGUUCUCCUGCUAUUCUUGUUGCUCUCCCUUCUGCUUCGGCGGCUGGAUAGGAAGGAUGCAGAACUGUGGGAUUAUCUCCCCUUGAUAGACAAUAAACCUGGGACGAUUUUCCUGUAUUAUUUUGCGGUGUCGACCGGACUGAGGUCAUCCAAACAUUUGACAGCAACAGUAUACAUCAACAUCAUAGGGGAGUUUGGAGAGUCUGGACCACGCAUCCUCCUAGACGGCCGACGUCAGAAUUUUAGGCGCGGAACGACUUCACACUUUGUUAUGACGACAGAGAAUUAUCUUGGUCCGCUUCAAUCCGUACAGAUCUGGCACGACAACGUUGGGAGGUCACGAAGAUGGCUCCUCAGUAAAAUAAUUGUCUGUGACGGCAUGGACAACGAGAGGUAUGUUUUCGGAUGUGGUAAAUGGCUAUCCUUGGAUACGGACGAUGCAUUGACAUUCCGGACUCUACAUAUGAUUGAUGAGGCACUAGUUGACAUGGACGCCGUCUUUGUUGACGUUAGCACGCGCUAUAUGUUCGAUGAUAACCUGUGGUUCUCUCUCCCAAAGCGUCCCAGCUUCAGUCGGUUUACUCGGGUGCAGAGGCUCUGGCUCCUUGCCGCCAUUUUGUUUCUGUCCAUGAUAACAUCCGCCAUGUUUUUUCGGUCGCCAGGAGAAGAGGGUCGAUCCGUUACUAUAGGACCAAUCAGAUUAAAUUACAAACAGAUAUAUGUCGGAUUUAGUUCCUUUGUUAUUACAAUAUUACCUUCUUUGGCAGUGGUUUAUAUGUUUAAGUAUAGAAAAUGUAAAAACGAAAUGAGCCGCCCUAAUCGGUAUCUGAAAAGCAAGGAGAAUUACUUACCUUGGUGGGUAAUUUUUAUAGCCUAUGGCCUAAUUCUGUUGAGUAUUGCCGCUGCAGCAUUUUUCACAAUGUUGUAUUCAUUGGAAUGGGGACCAGACACAACUUUAGAUUGGAUGAUGUCAUUUUUCAUUGGGAUUCUACAGAGUAUAUUCAUCAUGGAGCCAUGCAAGGCGGCAUGUAUGGCUAUUGUUAUGACGAUGCUGUGUACAGGUGCGGCCCAGAGAACUAUGACAGAAAUACCAUCCUCCGAUAACAUCCGGGUCACCUACGAUAACUGGUAUCUUGAUACGUCCGAUGUUAUUUCGCCUAAGGACACACAGAAGGCUGACCUAGACAAGAGACGUCGGAGAUGUCGUCUCGACAAACGUCUCAACAGCGUCCUCCUCGGCUGGCUCUCACAUCUCCUUUACAUUCUCGUUGUUGCCGUUAUUUGCUCUCACAACCACACGACGAGAGCUUACCACCAAAAUGUCGCGCUUGGCAAAAAAGUUCAUUCUGACCAAUCUCCGAAAUCAGUGGCGGAGGUUUGGAAAUGGCUAGAAACGUCACUUGUGGACCAGUUGUUUCCUUUUAAAUAUUAUAAUGGCGACAUAAUGACGUCAUAUGUACAACAGUCAGCUGACCAGUUUUACCGCCUCGGUCUAGUCAGACUCCGACAGACGCGUGUUCAAAGUUCAUGCGAUAUACCAAGUGCAAUGCGACCCUGGGUGAAUAAAUGUGUACCGGAAAUGACGUCAGAGACUGAAGAUCGGACUAGUUAUUGUAUUAAUUGGGCGACAUACUACCCGUCGUGUUUUAACGAAACGGACGAAGAUCACUACGCCUACACGUACAAGACAGCAUCAGAGACAGAGUCCCUUUACCAUGUAGGAAUGGUGGGGGAUUACGAAGGAGGGGGUUAUCUUAGAGAUAUAGGUCCUUCGCACGAGCUCGCGCGCAACAAUAUUGACCGCCUACGUCAACAGACCUGGAUUGACGACAAGACACGUGCACUUUUUGUUGACGUGGUUUUUCUUAACGGAGACACUAUGCUCUUUAGUCACGUCAAGGUUGUGUUCGAGUUCCCUCCUUUUGGAGGGGUCUUCAUGACAUUCCGCUCAACCACCUCCAAUUUGUACCCAUAUGUUGGUUCACUUGAUUAUUUGGUCCUCAUUUUCCAGAUAACUUUUAUAGUGAUAGUGUGUGUAAGAAUUGUCCUAGUAAUUAGAUCCGUCAUCAAGACCAAAUGUUCCUGUCUGACAUAUUUAAGUACUUGGUUUGGACUCCUGGAGAUCACCUUAUCUGUGGCAGCUAUAUCCGUCUAUAUACUCAGGAUUGACCAUACUAUCGAGGCAAUAGAGAGGGUAUUCAAUGAUAUCGGGUUUUUCGUGUCCUUUGAGAUGGUGGAGAUGUUGGAUAUCUUAUAUAGAACGUUUAUCGGCAGCGUUUGUUUCAUUGCCAUCCUGAAUCUGUUGAACCCUUUGUCGUUUAAUUACUAUUUACACUUGAUGAAGACAACUAUUUGCAUGUUCCGAGCGGAAGCUGUGCAGUUUUUAUCUAUUGCUGUCUUGUUUAUAACUGCCUUUUCCUGUAUGAUCUACCUGAUGUUCGGCUACUCUGAACCGGGCUUUAAGGACUUCAAAACCACAUUUCUUUAUCUAUUCCGCAUCAUGAUAGGGAUGAUACAUUUUAGAGAGAUUUUAGUGAAAGAAACGGUCGGUAUAACCAUUGUUCUUGGGUUGUAUAUUACUAUUGCUACAAUCCUCACUAUCAACUUUUUUCUGGCCGGCCUAAAUUUUGUGUUUAGCGAAGCUCGAAUAAAAUCUGCCGUAAAAGGUGAAUAUCAGUUUGAUGCAGAAAUAAAUGAACAUUUCUGGUGGAAAAUGUCCUCUGUUGCAAGCAAAGUACUCGGGAAGACAGAAACAGUUCGAAAGAAAAGGAAACUAUCGUUUGAAGGCCUAACUGAAGCCAAGGUAGAAUCAUUACUUGAAGAGCUGGACUUCAUGUUGGCGUCAGUGACUGACUGGAUGUUGGUCAGCGAGAACGAAGAAGUCCGAGUGGAGUUUCAGCAAUUGGCGCAUAUCAAUCGGUGGUAUAACAAUCAGCCGGAUAUAGUGGAACUCGAGUGCUUCCGGUCCGACACCCGAACUUCUAGAGAAUUUGUUUAUGAGGACAGGUUCGGACAACUCGUGUUUAAGCUGUCGUGUGUGUCACUGGAACAGGGUGACAGGGUGUUUGGUGCCAGUAUGAGUGUCAUGACGUCAAAGUCGAACCAUAUCUACCCGUGUGGUCAGGCUUCCCACCCGUGUAGUGGGGUCAUAGUUUUAACUCAGGCCUCGACAAAUACACAAGUGGGCGCGGUGUCGGUAGCUGUUGCCAUCAAAUCGGAACAACAGUAUGGGGAGAGUGAUCUUCCUUUGUUCAUAGCCUCUAGCUAUGAUGGCGGUACCUCCUGGCAAAUGACAGCAGCAUGGCGGAAAACAAUGGAGAAUCAUCCGUGUAUAUGCUGCGAUCUGACUUCCUGUCCUACACACGUAGUAGGUGUAGCUUGCGACCAGUGGCCAUAUCUACCAGGCAGGCUGAGGGGACAUUGGGAGUCGUGGACAAUAGACAGGAGUAGCCACACCCUCCACACUGUCGUCCACUCACAGCUCAGUAUCAGCAUUGACGCUGGCUCUAUACAAGACAGGGCCAGUGUUUUCCUAAUUCUGGAACCAACCGACUUCUUGCCGACAAUCCAUUUCUUAUCGACAGAGACGUUUGUUAAGCCAGUUACUGUGAGGUUCACUUGCGAAGACAUUGAUGCAGAUCGUCCAUAUAAAGUAUUCGUGUUGAUGCAAGACGGUGACUUAUGGUGGUCAAGACAAUGUAUCAUCGACAUCAUACCAAAACUUCCCAAGUUCGAGAUUGAAGUUCAGAACAUCAAAAAAGGAGUAAGACGAGCAAUUGCUGUUGUUCCAUCAGACCUUGAUAGCUCGUCCAAAUCACUGUUUGGAGUAAAAUGUUACAAUGGGAUGAUCAACUGUUCUACUCAUAGACUCGUCAACGAGCUACUCAACUCUUCCUCUAUUGAUAUUGACGUCUAACUGCAUACAUAUUGUUUAACGAGCUACUCAACUCUUCCUCUGUUGGCAUUGACGUCUAACUGCAUACAUAUUGUUUAACGCGCUACUCAACUCGUCUGAACACAAUGACAUUAGACAGACAGACUAGUUAACGAACUAUUCACCCAUGCCCAAUAUCAAAUUAAAACAACACGUCCAAGUUUACCUUAGUUCUGGCAGUUGCUUUGCUCUUGGUCUCGCGAGGUUCUGAACUCUGAAGGAACCGGCAAUGUCGUUAUACAGACUACAGUGAAUAUUUUAUGUUAUUGAAUAACCGUAGCAGCAUUCGCUGUUUUCGCGAAUAUGAUGUAGUAGUUAUAUGCAUAUGGUAUUCCAGAAAAAUUAAAUUACAUUUAUUUGUUUCCUGGAACACUGAGAAUUGUUCCGUCCAAUGGGAACUGUAAAACUAAUAUUUAAUAUAACGUCCUAAAAAACGCAGUAAUACAUUGUCUGUUGAAUUUUGCUGGUGAUUGACGUUUUAUCUGUUGGUGUAAGUGUAUCAAUUAUUGUUGAGAAUAAUAUUGUUGUAAUGAAUAUCCUAUGGAGCUUACAAGACGUCCGUGUAAAUAAUAAUGCAAAUUAACAUCAUUUGACCACGGCAGCACUUGAAUUAGAAAUGUUUAGGUGCAUUUGUGUGAUAAAUCAUACUUGCAUUAAAAUCUCUCUGAAGAGCUAUAAUAUUGUAAGACAGGUAGAACCAGUCAUAUUUUCUAUGGAAAUUGAGAUGCAUUUCAAAACAUUGAGAUAUAUGAAAGUGAAACCAAAUAACAUUUGGUGCUUCCAAUGGUGGACGCUAAUGAGACUAUGUACGGCUCCAUCUGUUCUAUAGAGAAAAUAAAAAAAAA